UUUCCUGAAAGUUGAAAGUAAAACUGUCUGAGCGACGGCAAGAGCUGCAGUCGAGUCAAGUCUCUCUGUUUCUCUCUAAGGAAACAUCCAACUGAGCAGCAGAAUCUCUCCUAACACUGAGUGUCGAUAUGUCUGCUGCCAGCAGUCUGCUGACUGAAGAUCAGUUUCUCUGCUCCAUCUGUCUGGAUGUGUUCACUGAUCCAGUCAGCACACCUUGUGGACACAACUUCUGUAAAGCCUGCAUCACUAAACACUGGGAUAUUGAUGUUCCCUAUCAGUGUCCCAACUGUAGAGAGGUUUUCAACACGAAACCUGAGCUAGAGGUCAAUACUUUGAUCUUUGAGAUGGCUGCUAAGUUCAGACAGUCAAUUCAACAGAAAGCCAGCAGCAGCUCAGAGCAACAAGUGUCCAAACCAAAAGAAGUUCCCUGUGACGUAUACUCAAGAACCAAAAGAAGGACCUGGAUGUUCUUCCUUGUGUGUCUGCUGUGUGUCUUCAUGACCUGGAUGGUUUCAGACCAAAAGAAACAUCUUGUUGGUCCUCAGAACGAAGAAUAUGAAGCAAAGAAAGCUGAGCUGUGGAAGACAGGGGCUGAAAUCCAGCAGGUGAUACAGGAAAGACGACUGAAGAUUCAGGAGAUCAAACAUUUAGUGGAGAUCAGUGAUGAAGAUGCAGACAGAGAGAUAGCAGAAGGUGUUCAGGUCAUCACUGCUCUGAAGGACUCUGUUGAGAGAAGCCUGGCCGAGCUAAUCGAGAUGAUCCAAGAGAAGAAGAGAUCGACAAAGCAACCAGCUGAAGGCUUCAUCACAGAGCUGGAACAGGAAAUCUCUGAGCUGCAGAAGAGAAGCACUGAGGUGGAGCAGCUCUUACAGUCUGAAGAACACCAACACCUCCUCCAGAGCUUCACCUCCAUGAACGCUGUUCCACCCACCAAGGACUGGACAGAAGUCAACGUCCGUCCACCUUCAUAUGAGGGGUUUGUGAGGAGAGCUGUGACUCAGCUGGAAGAGACACUCAGUGAACAGAUGAAGAAGCUGUUUCGGGUCGAGCUGAAGAGGUUCCAGCAGUCUGCAGUGGAUGUGACUCUUGAUCCUGAUACAGCACAUUCUAAUCUCAUCCUGUCUGAUGAUGGGAAACAAGUACAUGAUAGUGAUGUGAGGAAGAAUCUCCCAGACAAUCCAAAGAGAUUCUUUAACUAUGUUUUUGUCUUAGCAAAGCAGAGUUUCUUUUCAGGAAGAUUUUAUUAUGAGGUUCAGGUUAAAGGAAAGACUGCGUGGACUUUAGGAGUGGCCAGAGAGUCGGUCAACAGGAUGGUAAGUACUCUACCGACUCCUCAGGAUGGUUACUGGGCGAUAUGGUUGAGGAAUGACAAUGACUACCUCGCUCUUGAUGACCAUACAGUCCUUCUCUCUCUGAAGUCUCAGCCUCAGAAGGUGGGGGUGUUUGUGGAUUAUGAGGAGGGUCUGGUCUCCUUUUAUGAUGUUGAUGCUGAAGCUCUUAUCUACUCCUUUACUGGCUGCUCCUUCACUGAGAAACUCUACCCAUUCUUCAGUCCCGAACCUAACUAUGGUGGUAAAAACUCUGCCCCUCUGAUCAUCUCUCCUGUCAGUCACUGAGUAGAACAACCAUUUGGUUUUCUAGAUUCACUUUCAUUUAAUGUAAUGAAUGUGUAUUUACUGGUGAUGUUCGAUGUACAGUACAGGCCAAAAGUUUGGACACACCUUCUCAUUCAAUGCAUUUCCUUUUUAUUUUCAUGACUAUUUACAUUGUAGAUUCACACU